AUGCUUCAAAGCAACAAGAAGGCUACCGAGUACAAGACCUUUGAGCCAGCGCCGGUGCCUCGCGCCCACCCUCAGGACGACGCCAACAUCGUCUCGCGCCUGGCGUUCGCCUGGACCGAGCCACUGCUUCGGCUCGGGAACGCGCGCCAGCUCGCGUCCAGCGACCUCUGGAAGCUUCAGGACUCUAUCAAGGUCGAACCGCUCACGGCGCAUUUUGAAAACGUCUACGCGCGCAAGAACAAGGGUCUUCUCUCGUCCUUCUUUGCGAUCUACUGGGGCCGCUUCGCAUGCAUCGGCUUCAUGGAGCUCUUCACGGUGCUCGCCGACUUGUACGGACCCGGCUACGUCCUCGGCGAGAUCAUUCGCGCUGUCGAAGCGCCCGUUCUUGACACAACGUAUGUCCUCCAGCUCAUCGGGUCGCUCUACCUCGUGCAAGUGACAGCCGCGUUCAUCAAGGGCCACAUGACGUACCUCAACGGCGUCAUUGGCAUCCAGUUCUCGUCGGUGCUGCGCUCGAUGCUCUUCAAGAAGGCUUUGCGCUUGGACGCAUCUUCCAAGAAGGAGAAGACGGCGGGCGACAUCGCCAACCUCUUCUCGAUCGACACCAUCAACGUCAUGAGCUUUGCGACAAGCAUCCACUCGAUGUGGAUCGUGCCGCUUCAAAUUGGAAUUGUAUUGCAUCUUCUCUACACGAUCGUGGGCUGGGCCAUCUUUGUCGGUCUCGGGGCCGUCGUUCUCAUUUUGGUUGUGAACGGCGUCGUCGCCGGUCUUAUGGGCGCCGAGCAAGAACGCUGCUUCAAGCUCAAGGACGACCGCAUGAAGGUCGUCAACGAGGUCUUUGGUGCGAUCCAGAUCAUCAAGUUCAACGCGUGGGAAGAGAAGUUCCUCGCCAAGAUCCGCAACCUUCGCCUCAUCGAGUUUCAAUCGACCAAGAAGCUCAUGCACAUCAUCGUCGUUCUCCUCUCGUUCAUGAACUGUACGCCGAUCCUCGUCACCGUCGUCGUCUUUGCAACGUUUACGCUCUGGAUGCAGCAAGCAUUGACCGUCACGAUCGUCUUUUCGACGCUGGCGCUCUUCAAGUCGCUCCAAGACGCCCUUGUGAACCUCCCGAUGGUGAUGUCCUCCAUGGUGCAGUCGCUUGUCUCGGCCAAGCGCAUCAACGACGUGCUCUUGAUGGACGAAGUGGACCCGGCCAACGUCUCGACGCCGUCCGACCCGAUCGCCGCCGUCUACGCCAAGGACCAGGUCGUCCUCGCCAUCGACAAUGCCUCGUUCACGUGGGACACGACCGCGACGCCGACGUUCACCAACGUCAACCUCCGCGUCACGCGCGGCGAGCUCGUCGUGUUGCAUGGCGCG